ACGCAGACAGUUUCAGUGUUUCCUCUGUGAGUGUGUCUGUGUUUCCUCUCAGUCUCUGAGCUCUAACUGUUCACACUGAGCCACACAAUGACCCGCUGGGCCCUCGUCGCUCCCCUCCUGCUCCUGCUGGGCCUGUUCAUCCACAGUGCUGUCAGCCAGGAGGCUGAGGACCCAGCUGCAGCAGUACCACCAUCAGACCAGGCCUCUGAUGGCAAGCAGGCAGAGGACGAGGACGGGGACUGGGGACUGAACUCCCUCAGAGGCGGUUUUGAGUCAGUCAGCGGCUACUUUGACUCCAUGCUGGAAUUCAUGGGGGGACGUGAUGGAGUGUGCCAAUACCGCUGUCGAUAUGGUAAAGAUCCUAUUCCUCGGCCCGGCUACCAGAUGCCAGAACCAGACGGAUGUAGCUCCUACUUCUUUGGUCUUCCUGUUCCAGAGGGGAUGGACAUGGGCAUCCCGGCCAUGACCAAGUGCUGCAAUCAGUUGGAUAUGUGUUACGACACCUGCGGCUCCAACAAGUACCGCUGCGACUCCAAGUUCCGCUGGUGCCUCCACAGCAUCUGCUCCGACCUCAAGAAGAGCCUGGGCUUUGUGUCAAAAGUUGAAGCGUGUGAAACUGUAGCCGACACCUUGUUCAACACAGUGUGGACUCUGGGCUGCAGACCCUACAUGAACGGCCAGAGAGCAUCAUGCUACUGUCCAGGAGAAGAGAAAGAUGAACUUUAGAUCGAAGCAUGAACCACUCUCUUUUUCAUCAACUAGAGCAACACAUCAGAAGGUGUGAUAUAAGACGUUGCAAAGACUGCUGCGUGACUACUUGAGUAAUUUAUUUUGAAGUUCUUGUUUUGGUUUCGUUAUUAUUUUACUUUGCAGCAAAACUUGGAUGUUAUUGUUAGAAGUUCAAAUGUGCGGCAAACCAAAACUGUAUUAGUUUGUAGAGGUGCAUUGGUGCUGUCUGUGCUGUUGGCAUUAGCAUUAGCUUUGCAGUGCAGUCGAUAGGCUCUUGUGCUUCAUACUUAGGGCGUGUUAUAGUUUCCUAAUGUAUGAAUAAAUCUUGACACAUAAAUGAA